CUCUCUGCACGAGUUCUCGCGGUGGUGACUGGAUCCACCACCGGCAAGGCUCCGGAACUCCCUGCCUUCUAUCAGCAUCUUUGCGAACCUGUGGCUGGCCAGAAUGACCUUCGACCUGCGGCGUUCGACCACCUGGUUUUGGCCUACGCCCGGGCCAAGGAAGAGUUCAUCACGAGUGGACUUCAACCCGCCAACGAGUGCGCAAGGAAGAAGGCAGAACUGGCUGUGCGCUCAGGAACGCUUCGGGUGGGCGGUCCAGCGUACGAAAGCCCUUCAGAUUCAGGUGGCUCAGCGUCAACCGAGGAAAAACGCUGACAUCAAUGGCAUCGUGGAAGAGUAUGGCCUUCCGUUCGAUAUCCAACCGCUGCAGGAGGACCCCACGGCGAUAGUGCGCAGAACGCACGCCUUGAGGAGCAAUGCCGGGCCUUACUACGGACCAGACACCCUGCACGACUGCAACCACGGGGAUGACAGCCGCCAAAAGUACGGUGGGAUAGACUCAUGCGCCCAGCUGUCGGGGGUCAACCUCAACGCGUACGAGCAGAACCAUGCGAAAAAGAAAAAGUUCCUGCGCACGUUGAAUGUCAUGAAAUUUGACCGCUUUGCGUUCAUGGUAACUCUGAUCAACGAGACCAAGAAUGAGGCAAUAAACCGCGAGUCGGUGGCAAACACGGUCAAGCGUGUUCGAGGCCAUGGCUCGGAGCGAGUAGAGAUUUGCCAGGCUGAGGUUUGGUUCUGGGGCAGAUGCUUCUGCCAGGAGUCUCUCGUGCGAUCAUUCGACCAGUUCAGCCGGGUCCGGCCGACCUUUUUGUUCAUUCAUAGCCAUACUUUUUGGCGGGGUCGGAUGUUGUUGUACGAUGUCUCGGAUGCUUGUGGUACGGUGUUCGCUUCAGCUGACCCGCUGGCGCCAUUCCGUCACUUCGCCCUGGUCGCAGCGGUGGGUAGAGUUCUUUUGUUUUUCCUUGUCUUUGGUUUGAUGGGGUGUCGAUGGCUGGUUGUAGGAAUAUGUAGCUGCGCGUUUUGGGGGGAUAGAUACACUUGGUUUUUCGUUUGGGGGAUCCAUGGGUUUCGCUACACUAUAGGGUUGCUUUAAGAACUAUUUCCGAGCCCACCGACGUUCCGUUUGUCAGCCCUUGACAGCACUUCCAGUACUGUGGACUGCUCGCUGUUUUUUUUGUGUUUCCAAAAGCGCGAUGUAUCCUUUGCCUUCGAGCCUUGGCUUGAAAAUUGCGUAUCCAAGGACAACCAGACCUGCUCCCGAAUGUCAAAGGGCGAAUUGUGAAAGAACCGUUUUUGAUCCUGUAUCGAAAACAGGGUUGGUUGGCAGACCUAUCUACCAUUGUGUUGAGCUCAUUGCGUUCCAUCCGGAUGAGGGUAGAAAAUAUUUUUUGUUGUGUCCACGAAAGUUGUCUGGUGCCCAAUUGCCGACUUUGCAAUAAUCUUCAGGUUGCGUUUUGGGAUUUAAUACCAUUUCGUCCUGGACUUGUGGUACGUACAUGCUGUUUCGGAUACCGUAGUACUCGGAGAGAUGGCACCAGGUGCGAUCGUUUUUGAAAAUAUUAUUUCCUUUUUUUUUUCGCACCCCGGUGCCAUGUCUCCGACCCCGGUGCGGGAAUGUAAUUUUAUCGUGUAUGUCACAUCGUUCAAGGCACCCCGGUGCGACCUCUCCGACCGGUGCGAUCCCCGAUGAA